CGACGGACCACGAUGCGAUGCGAAGGAUGGUGCACGAGUUGUGCGUUAUGCUGUUUUUCUGACCCGCUUCGCAGACGAGUGCCUGUUUGGGUCGCGCAGUGCUGGAAGCAGGGCGACCCCGCUGACCUGCCAGCCGUCGGUCUGCAUCAGUUACGAUCUCUCUCUCUCUCUCUUGCAGCGAAUGAAGAAGGGUAUCGAAGGGUGAUAUGCUCGUUGCUGAGAUUUUACAGGUGGUCAGUGACGAUGCUCUGUCGUUUCUCGCCGAAAGCUCAUUUUCAAAAUUUUGAACCGCCCGACGGAGGAUGCGGAGCCCGUGCGGGGCCGCCAUCAUGUCGUUUCACGGGCUAAAUAUUUCGGGACCAGGAAGGUCAAGGAUUUUAGACCAAUUUCUACCCUCUUUGAUUAACUCAUGCUUUAUCCCUUGUCUUGGGACAUAUGUCGGGGCUGCGCAAUCAGCGACUCUCGGAAUGCCAGUUUGCGAACCGACGUCAGUUUCAGGUCCGCGACAUAGCUUCUUCGACUGCCAGGUUGCUGGCGGAGCGGGCCGGCGAGUUUGUUGAGUCUUCCUGUUUGGGCGUGAGUGAUCUACGCAAGGCCUUCGACAUGGCGGAUCGCAGCGGGUGGACUCUGGGCCGCGCCUUGCGCGACGUUCCGCGCGCGAUCGCCGCUGCGAGAAUCGGGGAGGUAUGGCGUGGCCUGUCUAGCAUCUGUUCGCCAGGUUCGGGCCCGACAGCGGGCGCGCCGCGCGCUCGCUCGACGCCGCGCGGGGGGCCCGAGGCGCCGAGAGAGUUUACGUAUUAUCUUGAUGCGUCUGUAGACAUGUUCGCUGAUGUUCGCCGGCGUCGCCGCUGGGGCCGCCCCGGGGGUGCCGCGGAUGUCCGCUGGGAGGUUUUUUGAACGUUCGCGACGACGCCGGACGGCGAAAUAUUUUGACAGAUGUCGAACGGCUCCCGCUUGCAGCAAUUGCCGACAGCUGCUGUUUGCGCGCGACUAGUUUGCGCGUGCUCGCGCAGACGUUCAAGUCGCGGCGCGCGGUUGCACGGGGGCUGAGCUGCGUUACGCGCGUGAAGGAUUGCCAUUGGAUGGCGACGUCGAUGGGCGAUCGCGCGGGCGCUGCUUUGGAGGAGGUGAGGGC